AUGUAUCUGCGUCAAGAUUCUCAAUUGAGAAUAAUUCACAGAGACCUGAAAGCUAAUAACAUCUUGUUAGACAAGGACAUGAAUCCAAAGAUAUCAGACUUCGGGAUAGCAAAAAUAUGUGAAGAGAAUGACAUUGGAGCCAAGACAAAUCGAGUUGUGGGAACAUAUGGAUACCUCUCACCGGAAUAUGCAUUGCACGGGAGAUACUCAGUAGAAUCAGAUGUAUUUAGCUUUGGUAUCUUAAUAUUGGAAAUUGUGAGUGGGAAAAGCAACAGAAGAUUCUCUCAUCCAGAUCACAACCUUAAUCUACUUGGACAUGCAUGGAAACUAUAUAAAGAAGGUAGGUCAACAGAACUACUUGAUGAAUACCUAGGUGAUUCUUGUUCAACAUCCGAAGUGGAACGAUCAAUCUGUGUUGGUCUAUUAUGUGUCCAACAAAGUCCAGAAGACCGUCCAAGUAUGUCCUCUGCAGUUAUGAUGUUAAACAAUGAAGGUGAAUUGCCACAGGCUAAAAGGCCAGGUUUUUACAUUGAAAGAGAUGCACCAUAUGGUGAAUUAUAUGCACAGAAUACAGCGAGUGAGACCCCAUCACAAUAUUAGCUCCUCGAUAAGAAGUUAUUUGUCCACUCGCUUCCACAACAAGCUUGCAGUUUUUAAUAACCUUUUCUUUAAUUCUUUGUAGAAAUGAGGUGGAAAAUUUUGUGUAUGGCUUUCCCUUAUGGUGUAUUAACUAGGUCAAACUGACUCAAACAUAUGUAAAUAUGAAAUCUUACUGAUUUCCUGUUGCUUCUCAAUACAAGGAAGAGGUUAGCCAACAAAUCAAGUUCAAGAACAUUAGCGUCGAACCCAAACAGAAGCUCCAUAGAAAAAGAUGAUGUUAC